AUGAAGGCCAUCAUAGCUGUGCCAGUUACCCUGGCUAUGGUAUAUCGCGCCUGGUCGCAUCAAUCCUUGACACCAGCCGGAAUCGUCGCAGCAACGUUAACAGCCAUUGCACAUGCCGUGCAUCCCUGGAGCUUACCUUUCGCCUUGCUUAUUGUGUUCUUCCUAGCCGGCACGCGAGUCACAAAAGUAAAGCACGAUGUCAAAGCUAAGCUCACGAUGCAAUCGUCCGGGAACUCGGGUGGUGAAGGGGCAAGGACACAUAUCCAAGUGUUCGCCAACUCAGGCGUUGCCUCGAUUCUCUGCCUCCUCCAUGCCUACCAGCUACGGCAGCAAAGUCCCGACACCUGCUAUUCCUGGCCAGGAGAUCUCCUCAUCGUCGGCAUCAUCGCAAAUUAUGCUGCUGUGGCAGCAGACACGUUUAGUUCGGAGCUUGGAAUCCUCUCGAAAUCCCACCCUCGACUCAUAACCUCCAUUACAUUCCGAAAGGUACCGCCAGGAACAAAUGGAGGCGUCACAGCAUACGGGUUGGCAGCGGGUCUUCUCGGAUCUUUGAUCAUUGUCACCACAUCAAUGGCACUGACUCCGUUCUGUCCGCCAAAAUCUCCAGUUACCGGUCAGCGAGAUAUGCAUGGCUGGACUUUGACAGAAAGGAAUCGCUUCACAUUUGCAAUGGCGUUAUGGGGAGCACUGGGAAGUGUUCUGGACAGCCUGUUAGGAGGCUGGCUACAGCAGAGCGUGGUAGAUACCAGAACAGGUCGAAUCGUCGAAGGCGAGGGAGGAAAGAGAGUGCUCGUUUCCAAGAAGGGCCCGAACAGCAUGCACUACAAAAAGCGCGCAGAGAUCAAAGCGAGUCUCUUGAAUGGCGAGGGCAAGAAUGCGAUACCAAUGCAAGGCCCGGCAGUUGAAGAUGAACUCGACCAUAAAAUGGGCGACAUGGACAAAUACGACGCGAGGAAGAAGUUUCGAAAGCCUAGUUUCGGGGACGAGAAGCCAAGUCGGAUUGUAGAGAGUGGGAUGUUGAGCUUGCUCGACAAUAAUGAGGUCAACUUCGUGAUGGCCCUCACCAUGAGCUUGGGCGCUAUGGGCGUGGCAAGCUGGCUCUGGGAUGUUCCUUUCAGCAGCAUUUUACCAGUGUAA